UGCAAACGUAUAGAGUUUGGGACCCUGAGUUUGGGUUCAGGGGCGGAGCGAACAAGAGGACAGCAAGAGUAUUGUUCCAAGACCCACAAAUACAUUAGGAUUUUUCUUCCUCCAUUAGUCGCCUAAGCCCCAAUGAGGUCAUAGCGAUGAGAGAGAAUCAGAUUAAGAAAGAGGACAACGACGGAGGGGGAAAAAAAGACAAUCAGUCACGGUUGCUUUAUCUAGCCACAAACAAAUGCUAGAAAUGUGGUGCUGAGUAUCAUCCACCUGCUCUGCCUGGAGACCUAGGAAUUCACAGAAGCACUUUGCACUGCCAGGAAAACAAAGAAGAGGAGGCGAGAGGACUGGCGGAGAAGGAUUGUGAGUUUAGGAAGCUAAGCUCGCUUCCUCCGCUGGGAAACAGAAGGAAGCCUGAGAGGUGCCGGGAGCUCCUGGGAGGCGAGAACCUAGACACAGCAGAACUCUGGACAGCGCCUUGAGAGCAGCCUGGGUUCACAUUCGGCUCCCCAGAGCCCAGUUUCCGGUGUUGGCUUCUGGACUCCCACCGAUCGCCGGCGGUUGCUGUUUGAACGUACCAGGGGUUGGAGCAGCUCUUUCUGGCCUGGCCGCAAAAACGGUUUUCUGGCUCUGGAAAUCCAGACCUUGUGAUUUUGGUGGUGAAGAGAGAAAAGUUUGAAGAUUUGGACUGUGGUAGGGGGUGGAAGGGGCUAAGGAGGACUUUGGAAGAAAGAAAUUGGAUGAUUGGCUUCUUUCUCUGAGCUGGAAGGAAUGAUGACCCAAGGAGGAUGUGCACCAGCAGCCAGAUCAUUGGGAGCCUCUUAGUGCUCUCUGUGCUGGAGAUAGGGCUGGGAGUGUCCAGCGUUGCCGUGGGGGCAGUCAGCUUCAGCCUGGCCCUCCGAGAGCAGACACCGCAGCUUGGAGACUCGUCCCCGGUAUGGAGCGGGGUGUGUUUUCUUCUUUGUGGCAUAUGUGGAAUACUGUGCGCCAAAAAAAAAUCAGGACUUGUUAUGAUCCUCUUUUCAGCUUGUUGUAUCUGUGGGCUCAUUGGUGGCAUCCUGAAUUUUCAGUUUCUUCGGGCAGUCACAAAGAAGACUUCAUCAUUGUACCCACUGCACCUCGCUUCCAUGUCUCUGGCAUGUAUUGGCAUCGGGGGAUGUACUCUGUCUUCCUGGCUCACAUGUCGUCUAGCCAGCUAUGAGCAAAGGAGAAUGUUCUCAGAAAGGGAACAUUCCCUGCAUCAUUCUCAUGAGAUGGCUGAGAAAAGAUUGAGAGCUAUUGAAAUAACCGACUUGCCCAGCUGUCCAAUGGUGCCCCUGACACCAGAGUUACCUACAAGAAACCUUCCCAACAGAAACAAAAUGGAAAUGAGUAUCAAGCAGAAGAAUAUGAAACCAGGAGUUUUCACUUGAAAUGUUUUUGCUGUCCUUCAGAAAGUCAACUUGAAGUAUAGAAUCUUCAAUCUUCAAUAAAGGACAAUUUUGCUUAUAUAUAUAUAUAUAGCUAAUUAUAUAUAGAUAAUAUAUUAUCUAUAAUACUAUUAUAAAUGUUAAUGGGACUCUGAUCUCAAGACUUCUUUUCAUAUAAUGAAGGACCUAAUAGCUAAUGAAUAGGGGCUGGCAAUGUGGCAUAGUUGGUAGAGUGGUUACCUAGCAGCUCAAGCAUCUUACUGACAGGCAAAUGACACAUGCCUGGGUUACUCCCACUCCAAAUAUGUGCAUGAGGAUUAUAAAUUUAAGGCCAUUCCCCAGGUACAUAGUAAUUUCUUCAAAGUAUUGGCUAUAUCAGACCUUGUCUAAAAAUCAACCAACAAACCAACUUAACAAACAAACAAAAACAGUCAAUAAGUUAUAUGAAUUUAAAUAACCUAAAAUUUAAAUAUUUUCUAUAAUUGCAAAUGAAUCUCUCUAUGUUACUAUUUCAUGUCUGUGUAUUUACAUCUUCACAAGCACAUUUUUGUUAUUUCUUAGUAACAAGAACAUUAAAACAUGCCCCACGUUUUCAUUGUCCCCGUUGCUUUUUCUGUGUAAAUGAUGUCAUUAAAAACAAUUUCCUGUCUAGGCAUGAUGAUUUACACCUAGAAUAUCAACAUUCAGAAAACUGAGGCAGAAGGAUUGCAAGUUUGAAACAACUCUGAGGUACACUCAAGUUUUACAUCAGUCUGGGCCACAUUUCUAAACCCUUUUCAAAACAAAUAUCUGUCUCACUGUGAAUGUCUUUCAGUUUAUAAACAAAAGGCUCCACAGUUUUUAUUUUUUCUAUAAACACCUGUAGAAUAUUUUGACAUUUUGUUGAUGUGAUUGGCAGAGCAGCUGUGUUUUUGGCAAAACCUGGUCAAUUAGGCAUCUUCUUUCUGGGUUAGUUAAUUCCAAAAGUGAGUUGAAGUAAAGAGGGGAAAUAUGGGCAUGUGAAAAGAUAGUGUAUACCUUGUGUAUAUAAUCCUGGGCUGUCACUUCAAAAUUUUCAUGUGAUUUAAGACUCCACUAAAUUUUAUUUCCUAAAUCACAACAACAGUAUCAAUCAUCGUCCUUCCCCGCAAAAUGCUCUUCAAUGACUUGUAAUCUCUGCUUUACUACUAAGCCUAUCAAUGUCUUACUCUGAGGUGAGUUUUAAUUCGUUCAUAUUAUUUUGCUAACAGGAAAUGACAGAGAACAUGAGCAAUGGAGGACCACAGCCGAUAUUUAAUGGAAGAGUACAAUCAAUGUUUUAAAGAAGUGAAAAAUUUUCAGGUUGUUCAUGAAGUAGGAGAGGUCGAAGUCUUGGGAGCUGCAGUUAAAACUUUUGUUGCAUUUACAGUUAUUUCUCCUGAGCAUCCACUAAAAUUAUUCCUUCUCAAUUUUGCCUCAUAUACCAUCAGCCUUUUCUAUAGGGUAAAAACUUUCCAGAAACAUUGUAGAUUUUAGUCUCUUCAGAAGUUGUUCUGAAAAAGACUCUUCCAGAAAACUAAAUGAAACAGCUAUGAUAACUACUAUACACAAACAGCUUUUGACUAGCAUGAGCUUUUAUGAAUAAUUCAAAAGUAAACACAUAAAGAACUAACAAUAACAUAUUGAUGUCUUUGUUUUGAAAGACUACUGACUUCAAUUAUAUUAAGAAUCAAAGCCUCAGUAAUGCCUUGUUGUAACAUUGUAAUUAAUUUCAAUUUGUGAAUGAACUACAUUUCAUAGUUUAUUUGUAAACUACAAAAGGUGCAGCAUAAAAGGUGAAAUUUUAGUGAAAGAAUAUUAAUCUGUAUGAUAUUUUUGCACUUUUGCACAAAUUAAAAUAUUGUUCAAGACAAAUAAGUAUGUUUUCACCAUACUGUAUAGAUUCAUCUGCAUGUUCAUGAGAUAACUUAAAAACAAAAUAUGUGUUAUACAUAGAUGUAAAUAUACUGUAAAUAUAGAAAAUACAUGCAGCAUAUAUUUAUAGCUACAUGAAUGUAAAUAGAAAAUAGUAAAUAAGUUGUGUGGGUAUGAAGGUAGUCUAUCAGUUAUAGGAAGAACAUCAAUCAAAGAUUUACAAGACUAUAAGGUCACAGACUUAGUUUCUACUCUUUCUGUCCAUUUUCUUCUUUUUGUUAAGUAUAUCGUAUGUAGAUAGAAUUGUGGCUUACAUUUAUAGAGCUGAAUGACUUGAAUACUGAAUCAUAAAUUACAUAGUUAUUGGGCAUAUUACUGUGAUCAUGGUGUUUAUAUAAAAGUAAUUUUCAAUAUUUAUUUAUAAAUAUAACUUUAAUCUUAUAUAUCUAUAUUUAUAAACAAAAGUUAUUAUUUAGGAUUAUUCUUGAUAUGUUAAUUUCAAAUAACAUUCAUCUGAAUUUAAUUAUACAGAAGGAAAGAUAAUUUACUACCCUACAAGAAGUUACUACUAGAUUUGUUAUAUUUUAUUUAAGUUUCUUGUGUCCUUUGAUGAUUAAUAUAAAAUAAUACAGACUGGUCAUAUUUGGGCAGGUGUAUAUUGAAAGCAUCUGAUGGUAUUCUCAGUAUAAGAAAAUUGAAAGAUAAACUGACAUUCAUAUAGCUAGAUUCAAAUCUUCUCUUCCACAAUGGAACAAUAAAAUAACAACACAAUAUGUAUAAAUGAGUAAAUAGCAUGGAUUUCAAGAUGUUUCUGAAAAUUAAUUUCUGCCAACCUCCAAAGUAAUAUUUUAAAAUAAGUAACACUUCAAUAUAUAUUUUUAUUACUUGCCAAAACUAAAUAAAUUUUGACUCAUUUUUAUGAGUUAUUCAAUUGCAGGAAACUUCAUACCUUUAUUGCUCAGCAUAAGAAAAGAUUACAAUCACAAGAAAGACAGGAGCUUUUAUUGUGCUAACAAAACAGCAAUAAUGUGGUCUAUGAGCCUUUGGCAAGGCUGUUGAAUUUAACUCCUCAGAAAAUUAUGACUGAACAGAAAUAGCUUCCCUCUACUUGUGUUUCGGUAUAGUUUUGACUCUUCCCACAAUUGUUUGGAUACUUCAUCUUCUGGUAUAUUGCAGAAAGUGUCCAUAGAGUCAAUCUUAAAUAAUGAAUAAGUAUCAUAACUAUUCAUUUCAUGCCACAUAUAGACCUAUUUCUCACUAACUAUCUAAACUGUAAAAUGUGGAGAUCUCAUGUAUUUUAACAAAUUGAGGCAGGAGAUAGCUUCAUCUUUAAGUGAGAAACAACUGGCUCUAACUUUGGUAGCAUUUCUCAGAAUCAAAAUACAUCAAUACAUUUAAUGUCAUUUGAACUUAUUUUUAAAAGCACAUAUUAAAAGAUCAAAAUGUGGUAUCCCUGCUUUGAAACACAGUUAAGAAGAGAUACAAAAGCCGGGCGGUGGUGGCGCACGCCUUUAAUCCCAGCACUUCGGAGGCAGAGUCAGGUGGAUC